GAUUACGAUAUGGAUGAGUCGGUAACACCCGUAGAAGCUUUGAAGAGACUUUUGAUGCAAUUUACAGCCAUGUCUCAUCGUCGACUUGAAUUAAUUCUGCCCGUUCUUUUAGAUAAUGACAUAGACGACCCAGAUAUUCUUUUAUUAAUUGAAAACGAACAAUUCCUCCGCGAUUUACGCGGUAAAAAUGGGUCAUCUCUAAGUAUUGGCAACAUUUUAACACUUUGGCAUGGAAUUCAAGAACAUCGGAACGGUGCUGACCUUAUUUCUUCUCAAUUAGCCGCACCAAAAGCAAAAAGACCAAGAUUGGAUUUUUUAGAAAGAGAAGACCAUAGAAAUGUUUCUUCUGGACAUGAUUCUCGUUCUCAUCAUCACAAUCAUCACCACAAUAAUGUCGGUAACAUUAAACAGAGAGUAAAAGCUCCUAAAUUAAGUAUGUCCACUAUAGAGGAAGUUCAUACACGAGUGGACUGUGUUUUAUCCGUUGUAUCGGCUGAAAAUGAACGUCGAAAGCAUGUUGCGCUUUCUCGUAACAGUAACGCUCGUCCAACAGUUAGAUUUGAGGAUUUCGUUGCCGAACUUAAAUCAUCACAUAAAAUCCCAGUGGCUUUUGGUACUUUACGAGACAUGCGGUUUGCGUAUAUGCUUAAAAAAUUGGAUAGACAACGUUAUGCUGACACUCUUACAAGAAAUAGAAGCAAUGUCACAGAAUUCUACAGGAGCUGUCAAGAGGUUUGUGAGGAGAAUUUCAAAGACGAUGAAUUAGAGGCAGCUUUGCCCUGGUUGGAACUCAAAGCAAAAAUGUAUUAUAAGUAG